UACUAGAGAUGUGUUGUAACAAUCCAUUUUCUCAUAUUGAACCAGCCUCGUAUUUCUGAAAUAAAUCACAUGUAAUUGUGGGGUAUUACUUUUUAGUGUCUGACAAUUUAUUUGGGAUUUUUGCAUUAGUAUUCGCAAAUGAGACAUGUCUGUAGCUUUAUAUAUUGGUUAAAUCUUUGUUAACCUUUGGGAUCAAUAUCACACUUGUGUCAUAGAAAGAAUUGGAAAGGUUUCCUUCUGUUUUAAGCCAUCAGGAAUAGUUUAAGAAAGGUUAAGUGAGAUUCCCAUGAAUCCAUCUGGACCUGGUACUCUUUUGUAGGGGAACUCUUUAACUACUUUGUUUUUCCAUGGUGAUUGAAUUGUCUCAUCUUUCUGUCUUUAUGGGACCAACAUGGAUAGUAGACUACUGCAGGAUUUCAGGGAGGAACACAUAGGUCAUAGGAGCGAGGUGAUGGUUUCCAUUUACCUUCUUUGACUCUUUUUCUUCUCCUUCCUUUGCUUUACACCACAGAGACUCCUGGUAGUGACAUGGCAGACCCUCAGGACAACACUCUGAGGAUUGUACUAGUGGGGAAAACUGGAAGUGGAAAGAGCGCAAUGGCAAACACCAUCCUGGGGAGUAGAGUCUUUGAGUCUAGAGUUGCUCCCCAUGCUGUCACCUCCAGCUGUCAAAGAGCAUCCCAGGAAUGGAAGGGGAGGAAAAUUGUUGUUGUUGACACCCCAGGGCUCUUUGACACCAAGGAGACCCUGGAUACCACGUGCAGGGAAAUCAGCCAGUGUGUCCUCUACUCCUGUCCUGGGCCCCACGCCAUUGUCUUGGUCCUCCAGCUGGGCCGCUACACGGAUGAAGAGCAGAAGACCAUGGCAUUGAUCAAGGCUCUCUUUGGGAAGCCAGCCUUGAAGCACAUGAUCAUAUUGUUCACUCGCAAAGAUAACUUGGAGGAGCAGAGACUGAGUGACUUCUUAGCAGAUGCAGAUGUGAAACUAAGAAACAUCAUCAGCGAGUGUGGGAACCGCUACUGUGCCUUCAACAACAGAGCCUCAGAGGCCGAGAAGGAAGCUCAAGUGCAGGAGCUGGUGGAGCUGAUAGAGGAGAUGGUGAAGAGCAAUGGAGGGGCUUACUUUACCGAUGCCAUUUACGAGGACACAGAGAAGAGGCUGAAGCAAUGGGAAGAAGACCUGAAGAAGAUCUACACCAAUCAAUUAAAUAAUGAAAUUAAACUAGUAGAAAAGGAAUAUGCUGAUAAAUCACAGGAAGAACGGGAGGAAAAAAUAAAAUGUCUAAAGAGGAAGUAUGCUGAAGAAACAAAAAAUAUCAGGGAAGAAGCUGAGAAGGGCAUAUUUGAACAUGUUUUAAAUAUGAUUAUGUGGGUGCUUCCAAAAAUAUGGUAUAUGUUUUGCUGGAGGUCCAUCCUAAUGCUAUGGCUUUUGUUUCUUGAUGUACCAGGGCUUAGAGACCAAGAUGGAAGAGCUUCACAGCUGAGACUUGUCUUAGUGGGUAAGACUGGAGCAGGGAAAAGUGUCACAGGCAACAGCAUCCUCAGAGAGAAAGUGUUUCAUUCCAGCAUUGCGGCAUCAGUCACCAAGACCUGUAACAAAGGGAGCAGCAGGUGGCAGGGAAGAGAAAUUGCGGCCAUGGAUAUGCCUGUCAUUUUUGACACCGAGGCACAGGAUGCUGACACCUGCAAGGAGAUUGCUCCCUGCAUCUUCCUGACCUCCCCAGGGCCUCAUGCUCUGCUCCUGGUGGUCCUGCUGGGCCGGUACAUGCAGGAAGAGCACAAGGCCAUGGAAAAGAUCCUGCAAAUGUUUGGACUCAGAGCUAGGAGAUACAUGAUUCUCUUAUUCACCCAGAAAGAUGACUUGGAUGGCAUCAAUUUCCAUGAAUACUUAAAGGAAACACCAGAAGGUAUCCAAGAGCUGGUGGGGAAGUUUAGUGAUCGCUACUGCAUUUUCAACAAUCUGGUGACAGAAGCUGAGCAGGAGGCCCAGAGAAACCAGCUGCUGGCCCUGGUCCAGUGAGUGGUGGCUGAGCAUGAAGGAAGAUGCUACACUAAUAAGAUGUACCAAAAGGCUGAAGAGGAAAUUCAGAAACAAAUACAAGUGAUGCAAAAACUUUACAGAGCAGAGCUAGAGAGACAGAGGGUGCAGCUAAGAAGGGAGUUUGAAGACAAAACCAGAAAGCUGGAAGAUAAACUGGAGUGACAGAUGAAGCAAAACAUGGAGAGAGAAUUGGCAGAGAAAGAGGUUUUCUAUGUCCUAAAGCAACAAAAUUCCAGUUAUCAAAUUGAGAGUCAAUGUUGACUACUUGAAUUUAUCAUAGGAGCACUGAAGAAGGUCUUCCUUGUGGGUGAAGAGGACAAUUGUGUGUCUCAUGGCAUCUUCUCCAAAGAUCUCCUUCACCCUCUGCACAGCCUGCUGGUCCUGGUCAGUGAAUCGGCCCAGCUGGGCCACCAGGAGCAGCACAUGGGGUCCUGGUGCAGAGAAGCAAUGUAUUCUAUAUAUUCAUAUGUCAUGGACAGUUUCCUCUACCUCUUCCAGUCAAAGUCCCCAGAAGCCUGCAAUGUGUCGUCCCUAAAAGGAGAAACAAAGAAUUCACAAGACAGCACGGACCCAGGAGACAGAAAACAUGACCAUUCCUCUUCCUCUACGGCUGACAGAGUGAUAAAGAAGGAAGAAUAUGAAGAGAUUGUCCAGGAGAAUCCUGCAGGAGCACUGUGUCAGGAUCCUAAACAAGACGUUAUAGGAGGUCUGGGGAAGGCCCCACCGAGCCCCCAGAGACUGAGGCUCCUCCUAGUGGGGAAAGCCGGCAGCGGGAAGAGCGCGACGGGAAACAGCAUCCUGGGCAGGAAAGAGUUCCAGUCUAAACUCAGCGCUCAACCGGUGACCCGGGCCCUGCAGAGGGCCAGCCGCGACUGGGCCGGCCUGGAGCUCGAGGUGAUCGACACCCCCGACAUCCUGUCCCCGUGUGCCCCGCUGGAGGCCGUGUGCGAGGCGGUCGUCUUUUCCGCCCCCGGGCCGCACGCGGUGCUGCUGGUGACGCAGCUGGGCCGCUACACGGAGGAGGACCGGCAGGCGGUGCGGCGCCUCCAGGAGACCUUCGGGGUGGGCGUGCUGGCCCACACGGUGCUGGUGUUCACGCGCAAGGAGGACCUGGACGGGGGCUCCUUGGAGCAGUACGUGCGGGAGACCGACAACGAGCCCCUGGCCCGGCUGGACCGGCAGUGCUCACGGCGCCACUGCGCCUUCAACAACGCGACGGGCGGCGCGGAGCAGGAGGCGCAGCUGCGGGAGCUCCUGGCGCAGAUCAACUGCAUCCUGUGGGAGAACAACCACCGGCACUUCAGCAACCGCGCCUACCGCUACUGCCAGCGGAAUGGUCUGCGCGGAGACGGCCAGGAGAAGCAGGUGCCCGGGGGGAGCGGCUCAGAGGAGGCGCCCGGCGCGGAGCCCUGGCGAGAGGGUCUGUGCCAGAUCCAGAAGGAAUCGGAGGAAGUUUACAGACGUCUGCUGAAGAGGGAGCCCAUUUGAGCCUCGGCCGGGCCUCAGCCUCCGUGGCCAGCUGUCGGCCUCUCCGUGCCCGUGGGUCCUUGGCCAUCCCAGUCUCCUGAUCCGCGGGUGCGGUCCGGAGUGCCCAGCUCGAACCCCCCGGGGGCCUUCAUCACACCUUCCGGGGCGGUUGAAUGGCUUCUACGCUGUAGGGAGCAGCAUGCCAGGUGGAGCGGAGAACUCUGCAGUGCGCGGGCGUCUUUCUGGAGGGCUGUUGCUGCGCAUGGAAUGGGGUCUGGCUCUGGCCAUCUAGCUGCAUAAGGAGAUAGGUAUGCCUCGGGUGCACCUCAGCUUCUUUGAGGUUCUAGAUGCUUCUGGAGAGUCUGACCAACUGAUGGAAGCAGAAUUGGAGCAGACUGGAGCAACAUACCCGCCCCUAGUCUCUUUUCCUUCCUUCAAGCUGUGUGACAGAGGGUCUCCAGUUACCUUCAUCUGGGAGGGGUGGGAAGUGCUGGAGGGCGGUCAGAGAUCAGAGGACACAGCGUCAGGUCUGUUUGGUUUAGUCCAAUGGUUAAGUCUCUACAACCAGAUGCCCGCGGACUACAUCUUGCAGUGUGGAGGCCGGGACACCUCUCUAACCCAGACCUAAUGGACCUCUAAGAAAGUUUGAGCGUUUCUUUUGCCAGAAUAUUCAGAAAAGUGUCUCAGGGCCCAACAAGACUUAUUUGGGGGUGCAUACUUAAGUCUUUGUGCCAGAACCAUUUAUUAGAUAUGCCAUCAAUUUCCCACUGAACUGAAGCACGUUGAUCAUAUGAUACGUUUUCAUAUUCUGUAAGAUCUAUGUCAGGAUUUUCAAUUCUGUUCUUGUCUCCUACCGUUCUUCCUUUCUUAUGAAUAAAAUAUUGAUUUCA